AUGAAGAACCGGCAAGUGAACGUGCUUUUGGAGGCGCUCCAGGAAGAGCGCACGCAGCGCCUCGUGGACCUCGAAGCCGCGCACCUCCGCGAGCGCGAGCUCCGUGCCCUCGCCACCGAAGCCACGGUCGCGACCAAAGGUGCUCUCUUGGCGCAGGAGGAGGCGAGUCACAGUCGCGCCGAGAUCAACGGCCUUCGCGCGACCGUGCGUUGCAGUACAAAGCUUCUCCAUACGUCGGAAAAAGAGUAUCUCGCCAUGCACAAGGAGCUCGAGACCACACAACUGCAGCUCCUUGAGACGCGACGAAAGCUGAUUGCGUCGACGAAUGACGUGGCAGUCUGGACGGACCGGUACAACCAAGCGAUGGUUGAUCUGCACAUGGCCCAAAUGAAGCUCACGCAAAGCACGAUCGGGGCGAGCGCCAAGGAGUCGGCGCUCAUGCGCGGGUACGGUGUUGUGUUUGCCGAAGCCGACGGCGAAGCAGUCAACAUUCAGCGCAACCCAUUUCACUGCGUCAAAAAAGGUGGCCUCGACAAUAAGUGCUGAGAGUCAUGUAUUGCAAGGAACGGCCAAGUGGAACGGAG